GAUUGAACGGAAGUAUUUGUCCCUUUCCUCCUCUAUCUCGUUGUGUCAUAUUUCCGAUCUUGAUAUCAUUUAUAUGAGAAGAAAUAGAUAAAAUUAUGAUACAGUGGAAUUAAAAAGGUGUGAAAAGUAUUCGACUAUCCAAGAACUAAACUACAGUCAUCAUGGAUGGAGUCAUACCAGCAGGCAUAUUUAAUGCCUUCCGGACGAAUGGCGCACCGACAUAUUAUGGUCCUAACCAAACACCAUUUGAAGCAGAUAUUCUGGAGUCUGGAUUCAUAUUUGCCUUUGUGAUAUUAGCAAUUUCUUUCUUUGUAGUUCUACCAGGAAUACGAGGGAAAGAGAGAUUAUUUGUAUUCAUACGGGUUACAGUGACACUGUUUAUUGGUGGAGUUAUAAUGCUCGCAAAUUUAAGCAUGGAGUGGGAAACUGCUGAGCUGAAAAAUGUGCCAACGAAAUAUAAAGCAGGAGAAAACCGAGAUAUUCACGCUGAUAUAAAAGUACAUAUUGGUUUCAGAGGAAUUAACAUAACUCUUAAAGGCGAACCAGAAAUACAAUUAAACGAGACAAUAAACUAUAACGAACAUUUUGACUGGAGAUGGGAACAAGGCAGAUUUGGAUUUGGAAUUUUUGCCGGUCGUUUUAACCGUGAGUACAGAGAAGCACAGUUCCGUGGGUUGCCGCUGCCAAUUCUGUGGAUAGCCGAAUAUUUUACAUUUGACGGUGAAGGUAUACGAUGGGGUCGUCAUUACCGACAAGCAGGAUGGUAUUCUCAUAUCAUGAUGUGGUUGGCUCUUCCAUUAUGGUUUUUAACCAUCAUACUGUUCUUCGUCCUGUUAAAGUAUGGAGCCUACUUCUUAAUGUUGACUGGAGGAGUGAUGGUCAUAGCGAAUAUUUUAUGGUCCACCAUAAGGAAUUUCAAUGAACUAGAAAUACCGUUGGCUGCUGAUCAUGUAUUGAAAUUUCAGUAUGGUGGUGCCUACUAUGUGAACCUCAUAACAGGAGUUAUAUGUGUAUUGCUUGGAGCUAUUAUUUGGUUAAUGGACCUAAGAUUUCCGUCAGUUAUUGCAUCUUUCUUUGGUGUUGAUGUACUCCAGGAUGAGUUUGAUGAUGCUACUGUUGAAGAAGAUGCAAGCACACCAAAGAAAGAUGAGCCAGAUCAGAAUGGAAUGGAAAUGAGAGGAAUGUCUUCUAAAAGUAGGUCACAGGCAGCAACUGCCGAUGAUGAGGAAGAAGAGAGCGAUGAUGAAAUUUAUGAGGCUCCAACGUUUGCUCAGCAACCAACUCAACAGACAACAAUAAAGAAGCAGAGAUUUACUAAACGUGUGGGACUACAGGCACCGCGGAGACGUCCUCCACCACCAAUACCGGGUGAAGAUCCAGAUGAAGAUUAUGAAAAUGUCAGCCGACCAGAUCAAGUUCGACUCAAUAUGGGAUAUCACUAGAAGAAACAAAGAAAGUUGAUAUUAUGAGUAAAGAUGUUUGGAGAUCACCAUCGAUAAACACUUACUAAUAUGUGAUAUUUUAAAAACAACGGAUAGGAAUAUCUUGCUUUUGAAUAUAUAUAUAUAUUUUGUACUUUCUGAUUCCACAACAAUAUUAAGAAUGAUAUCAUUUUGGGUUAUAGCUUUUGUGUUAUAGCUUUAUGCAUAAAGCCAAUGACUAUAUUUUGGAAAUUGUUUGGGAUGUUAACAUUUAGGAGAAAUUGCUUGAAAUAUUGUAUACAAAUAAACUUUUUAUUAAACAACCAAUUAUAUAGUUUCAAACUGGAAACCAGAUAUUUUUCUUUUCACUUUUUCUUUUUGGUUUUGUUUAUAUUAAGCCAUAAAAUGUUUACUGUCUGAAAAAAGUGCAUACAUUUUGUUAUAUAACUACCAUAUAUGUCUGUAAUAUUUUUCAUCUAGUUUAGUAACUCAUGUUUAUUUAUAUCCUACAAUUUCAUCAAUAAUAAAAAGCGAUUUUACAUAUAA